AUGCCUGACCACGAAAUCUCGCCGUCCGUGCGCAUCAACUACACCAUCCACCAGCCACAACCCACGACCACGACCUCAACCACAACCACCAACAAACCAAAACCGUGGGUCGUGCUGAUCAACGGCCUCGCCGACCCGCAGACGACGUGGGCCGCGCAGGUCCCGGCCUUCACGGCCGCCGGGUACGCGGUGCUCACGUACGACAACCGGGGCGUGGGGCUGUCGUCGCGCCCCCGGUCCAACGACGAGGUCUACACGGCCGAAACCAUGGCGGCGGAUCUGCGCAGUCUGGUCACGGCGCUGAACCUGCACGCCACCCCCUAUCACCUCAUGGGCGUCAGUAUGGGCGGGAUGAUUGCGCAGACGUACGCGCUGCGGUACGGGAUGGCGAGCGACGGACGAAAGAGCGAAAUCGCCAGCCUGACCCUCGCGUGCACGUACGCCGCGCUCGGGCCCUUUUGCGCGAGGAUGUUCGCCCUGUGGCGCGACAUGGCACUUCGCAUGUCCAUCGCCGACGUCAUGCGCGACGUCGCCCUAUGGGCCUUCACGCCGGGCUUCUUCGCCGACCCGGCCAAGCGCGAGGACGUUGCCGCGAUGGAGGCCGAGAUGGCGCGCAUCGACACAGAUAUGGGCCUGAGUGCGUAUCUGGCGCAGUUGAACGUCAUUACCGGCUUCGACACCCGGGCGGAGGUGGGGCGAUUGGAAGGGACGGCGGUCGUCGUGCUGGCGGGCGAGGGUGACAUUCUGAUCCCCGUGUCGCUGUCAAAAGAGCUGCACGCCCUCAUCCCGGGAAGUCGGUGGCGGACCACCAAAGGAGGCCAUGCCUGUAUAUGGGAGUUCCCGGACGAGUUUAACCAGGCGUGUCUGCAGGGGUGGAGGGACGUGGAGGAGGGACGCUGA